ACAUAACAAACAGAUUGGCCUUGACCAAGGAUUGCAGUCAAAGAAGGCGAACUUCCUCCCCUGGAAGGUGUCUCUAUAUUUGUUUUGGCCUUAUGAUGAAUGUCCUGCAGGAAUUUGGUGUUGUUCUGCCAUGGGGAACACCUGUUUAUCUGCUAAAUGUGCAGCUGCAUCCUCUCCUUUAUCUUCAAAAAAUCAACUGCCUAACAGUAAUACUUCCAGUUCAACAAAUUCAAGCAAAACUACUUCGACCACUAGUGUUAUGAGUUCUUGGUCAUCAUUCAAAGGUGAUACAGCAGCCAAUGCCAGUUUGAAAUCCUUCACUUUGAAUGAUCUAAAGAAUGCUACAAGAAACUUCCGGUCUGAAUCUUUUCUUGGCGAGGGAGGAUUUGGAUGUGUCUUCAAAGGAUGGAUCGAUGAACAUACACUUUGUCCCACAAGACCAGGCAGUGGCAUUGUUGUUGCCAUCAAGAAACUCAAACGGGAAAGCUUUCAAGGGCACAAAGAAUGGCUUACAGAAGUGACUUAUUUGGGACAGCUUCGCCAUGAAAAUCUUGUGAAACUCAUCGGUUACUGCUCAGAGGGUGAUAACAAGCUUCUGGUCUAUGAAUACAUGCCGAGGGGCAGUUUGGAAAAUCAUUUAUUCAAAAGAGGUGUACAACUCAUUCCGUGGACAACCCGAGUUAACAUUGCAGUAGCCGUUGCUCGAGGACUAACAUUCUUGCAUAGUUUAGAAAUCCAAGUAAUAUAUCGCGAUCUGAAGGCAUCAAAUGUGCUCCUUGAUUCAGACUUCAAUGCAAAACUCUCAGAUUUUGGUUUGGCAAGAGAUGGACCUACUGGUGAUAAGACUCAUGUUUCAACAAGGGUUGUUGGGACUCGAGGCUAUGCUGCCCCUGAAUACAUUGCAACAGGCCGCUUGAAUGUGAAGAGCGACAUAUACAGUUUUGGAGUUGUGUUGCUUGAAUUGUUAUCGGGAAGGAGAGCAGUGGAUGAAGACAAAGGUUCGGCAGAGGAGAUGCUUGUCGACUGGGCGAAGCCAUUUCUAAAUGAUCGAAGGAAAAUGUUCAGGAUCAUGGACACUAGAUUGGAGGGUCAGUACUCAAAGAAAGCAGCCCAAACCAUUGCGGCAUUGGCCCUUCAGUGCCUUCAUGUAGAUCCAAAGAAUAGGCCUGAUAUGGCUGAAGUUCUUGUCGCACUAGAGCAGCUCCAGACAACAAAAGAAGUGAGAACAUCAAGAUAAAGCUCCAGUUAGCAAAGCAUUUGUGAAACUAAGAAACUUUAGCAGUUCAACAUUAUACAGUGACUGAUAAUAAGCAAUUAAUUUUGUUGAUGUGCUUUGGUAUUCUUGAGGAGUCUGGCUUUCCACUGUAUGUAUAUCAGGUUUUGAGUUAAAUUCAUGAUUUGAAAUAUUCCAUUGCAAA